GAAAUUUCUUCUGUUGUUCUGCUUAUUAUUAUAUAAAACACAUGGUUCUUCUCAGGUGAAGCCUUACUGAGUCUUAAGUUGUGAUGUGGUUCCUGGUGCUGUUGGUGUGGUUUCUGGUUUGGGCCGGCGGUACUUACUGGUUCCUGUUUGGCAAACCCAGCCCUUUCUCACUGGAGUCCGUUAGACCGCCCGGACCUUUAGAGAUGGACCAGAAGGAGAGAUCUAAAAUUCUGAAGCAAGGCUUCAGGAAAGAGAAGGUUCCAGAGAAUCUGGACGCCAUCGUGAUUGGGAGUGGCAUCGGUGGCAUGACGGCGGCAGCUACACUGGCCAAACUAGGCAAGAGAGUGCUGGUGCUGGAGCAGCAUGACCAGGCUGGAGGCUGCUGCCACACUUUUACAGAGAAAGGGUUUGAGUUUGAUGUAGGAUUGCAUUACAUUGGUCAGCUCCAUGAGAACAGUCUGUUUAAGAUCAUUAUGGACCAGAUCACAGAAGGACAACUACAGUUUGUGAAACUGGACAAGCACUUUGACACUUUAGUGAUAGGUAGUGGAGAGAAAGUCAGGAAAUACACAAUUUACAGUGGCAAAACUGAGAUGGAGGAGCAUCUGAAAGCACAGUUCCCUGAUGAUACCAAAGCUGUAGAGGAGUUCUUCAAAAUCAUGAAGAUCUCAGCCAGGAAGACACCAUUAUUGGCUGCACUGAAGUUGAUUCCUCAGUGGAUAGCACUGUUCCUGCUUAAAAGUGGCAUUGCUGAUUUCUACUCCCCCAUCUUCCGCCUUGUAGGCACUGAUGCCACUACACUUGCCAACAGUCUGACCUCCAACAAGGACCUCCAAUUAAUCUUCAAUUAUGUUUUCUAUGGUGUUCCACCGAAAGAGUGCAGCAGUGCCAUUAAUGCUUUGCUGUUGCACCACUACAAGCGUGGAGCAUACUACCCAAAAGGUGGCGCCAGUGAAAUCCCAUUCCACAUCACUAAAGUCAUUCAGAAAUACGGUGGACGUGUGCUGGUCCGUGCUCCUGUAAAUCGCAUCCUGCUUGAUAAUAACGGAGCUGCGUAUGGCGUCACUGUGAGAAAAAACCAAGAGGACGUGGAAGUGCGGGCUCCUGUUAUCAUCUCCAACUGUGGAGUCUUCAACACCUUUCAGAAACUUCUUCCACCACAUAUACAAACCAAACCAGAGAUUCAGAAGAGACUGAAUGUGAUGAGACCUGGACGAGGAUGUCUUUUAGUGUUCUCGGGUUUCGAUGCCACACAGGAGGAGCUGGGCAUCAAAUCCAACAACACGUGGCUCUUUAAGUCUAAUGACAUGGAUGCCAUGAUGGAUGAGUACUUCAGUCUGGAGAAGGAGGAAGCUCCAGAUAACAUUCCUAUGGCGUAUUUUACAUUUCCAUCUGCCAAAGAUCCCACGUCAAAGAUCCGUCACCCAGGUAAAUCUUGCAUGACCAUGCUGAUAAUGGUCAAGUAUGAAUGGUUUGAAGAGUGGAAGGACACUCCAGUAAGGAAAAGAGGGGAUGACUAUUUAGCAUACAAGAUGAGAUUUGCCAACAAUCUCUUCGACUGGGCCUGCAGCCAGUUCCCGAAACUGAGAGACAAGUUGGUAUUUCAGGAGGUCUCCACUCCAUUAACAAACUCACACUAUCUUGGUUCUUACCUCGGAGCCAUGUCCUCAGCUGAGCAGAACUUGGAGCGCUUCCAAGCAGAGGCCAUUGCCAGAAACCGCUGUGAUACCCCUGUCAGAAAUCUCUUCAUGUCAGGUCAGGACGUGUUUAGCUUUGGUAUUGCAGGUGCAUUACAUGGUGGCCUUCUAUGUGCCACCACAGUGCUCAAACAGAUUGUGUACAUUGACCUCUUGAAGAUGAAGAAGAAGCUGAAGAGGAAGAAAGCAGGAGGAACUGCUGAACAUGUCAAAAAGCUGCAGUGAAUAAGAAUGAAAUGCUACAGUCACUUAGAGAAGCAACAAUCUGCUAAUUAGUGGCAGAAAUUAAUGUGUUUUAAUUAGCAACUAGUAAACGAACGAACGAACGAACGAACGAAUUGUUUCAUUAAUGAAUAUAUUUUGUUACUUGGUUUUAUUUUAAACCUAUGUAUAAUGUCAUUUUACUCCUGAUGCCUAUAGACUUCAGGUCACAAGUCUAGAUUUACUUUAAUUCAUACUUGUAAUGUUUUAAUGACAAAAAAAUUCAACAAACAAAAAUAGUUUAAAAGAGAUUUUGUGACUUAAUUAAAAAAAAAACCCUGAAUAAGAAAUUAAUGUAAUGAACUUAAUAAUAACAAAUGUAUCAUAUGCAAUAUGUUUAUAUGACCACCUUAAUCAUUAAAUAUAAUUCAUGCAUAGAUUUCAUUCAUAUUUAAUAACAUUGCCAAGAAAGAUUACAAUCGUUAUUUCCACCCAUGACUCUAACUUUUUUAAUAUAUUUUUUGAGUUUUCUCAAAUAGCUAACUAAUAAAACAUGCCAAUAGAAGUCACUGGUGAAUCUAAACCAGGGGUCGGCAACCCGCGGCUCCGGAGCCGCAAGUGGCUCUUUCAUCCCUUUGCUGCGGCUCCCUGUAGAUUUGGAAAAUACAAAUUUUAUUUUAUUUUAUUUUAGUUAGUUCGUUUUUUAAAAAAUGUAAUUCUAAAUUCUAAGAUUAUGAUGCUCUUGUAACAUUAAAAUAAAUCAUGUUAAAUUUUUUUGUCGCUCAAAAUAUGCGUCAUAACUGCCGACUUGCGAAAUUGAAAAUUCCAUUCAAUUCAGAUCAAGCUUUUCAAACCCAGGUAGGCAAACAUGGAUAAAUGCAAGAAAAGAAAUGUUUCUGAAGAAAACAAAACAUUUAAUGAGAUGUGGACAGAUUAAUUUGCUUUUACUGCUGACGAGAGAAAGCUUCCCAAUAUGCCUAAUAUGUGGUAUUUUUAUUUUCUGUUAUUUUUGUUUGCCUGCAGAAAUAAAAUUUCAUUUACCCUGUA